CAUGAAUAGAAUAGUAGCAGUUUAGGUGAAAGUCGUGAAAACAUGAAGAAUCAAGCUAUAUUAAUUUUUCUCUUGUCUGUUCUGUGGAACCAAACAGAGUCAAAAAUUUUCGAAAAAUGCGAGUUUGUCAAGAAAUUACGGGACUUGAAAGUUCCAGACAAUCAACUAGCGACCUGGACCUGCAUAGCAAACUAUGAAUCGCAUUUCGAUACGAAAGCAGUAAAUUCAAAUACAGGAGACUAUGGUAUACUCCAAAUAAGCCAUUUAUACUGGUGUUCUGACAGUAAUACGCCUGGUGGUGAUUGCCACACUACAUGCAGCCAAUUUUUGAAUGAUGACAUCAAUGACGAUGUUACCUGUGCAAGACAUAUUUUUGAUGUCACACAGAAGCAGUCUGGAAAUGGUUUCUCAGCUUGGACAACGUAUAAUCAAUAUUGCAAAGGGGAUGUUAAUAGCUUCACUUCGGGCUGUUGAAUAUUUCCAACAGAUCUUUUUCCAUUCGGUAGGAUUAAAAUAAUAAGAAACAGAAAAUAUUUGAAAAAUUUAUCACUAACUCUGUAAGAUCUUUGUAGAUACUUUUUAUGAAAACAAAGAAACGAAAAUGCACAACAA